UAGGGCAUCAAUUACUAAGGCCUUCUGUUCCAAGUUCCAACUGCUCUUGCUGGUGGUCUUUAUUUAUCCUUUUAUUUGUAACAACUUUUGUCAGUUAGGUAGAAUGCGAAGUGCAGUUCUAAAAUGCUUUCAUAGCUCAUGUGAUGUUUAUCUCUGUCAUUGCAACAUUUGAUGAGGGUUUUCUUAGUGGGAGUAGUUGGGAGCACAACUGAUGUUUAGCAGAGACAUGACAAUCCUACUGGCUAGCUGGAGUGUUCUUGUACAAACAUUAGUGCCAUUUCAAUGAUUCAUCGCCAGAGUUCUAUGUCUAACGUAGAUAAUAGCCCACAAUCUUUGCUCGCAUUCAAUGGAAAUCAGAAUGUGCAUGGGUUAUAUGAUUUUCUAUUAAAUUAUAGAUUUUUAUUAACCUCUUUGACUAGUAUGGAUGUUCCUGUAUUAUAUUCACCAGUACCAUUUCAAAACGCUGCCCUUUCUUGUCCAGAGGUUAGAUGCAAGGAAGUGAGAAGGGCUGAUAAUAUAUCUUUUCCUCUAAAGGAAUUCAACAUGAAAGAUGAAUCUUCAUCUUCUGGUUUCUGCUAUAGCAUUGAAAUCAAGGAUGCAUAUCUUCCUCCAUGGGUAAUCAGCAGUUUUUGUGAAGCCAUGUGCUCUGAGGGAAUGAGCUUUGAGGCAAGUUUUGUUACGGAAUCUACCACAACUGGGUUGAAUGUUGGCUUCGAGACCAUUUGCCAAAAAGUGAAUCCUCAUCAACCCACAGCAGUUGAAGGCUUGCAAGAAAGUAGAUGCGUUUUUGGUAUUUCAAACACCAUUUUUUCUCUUCACUUGCGUUCUGCCUUUCUAAAAGGUUUGAAGUACAGUACUGGUUCUUAUACAGCUUCUGUUUCAUCCAUUUGACAUUCUGUUUUAUGUCGUCUUUACCAUAAAUGAAACAGUGAACUCUUGUUUUCACGGCAUAAUGGUGAUUAUUUUUGCCCUUUCGGUUUUUGGUAGAAAAUGCUAACCAUUUCUGUAUUUGAUGUAAUGUUGUUGAAUUGUUUGAUCUACACUUUGAUUGAAAUUGUAAUUUUAUUUAACCCAGAUUAGAAGUUAAAAAAAAAAAGGAAGAAAAGAAUUGAAACA